UGAAUUAUUGUGCUGCGCGCGGUUUGAACGCUGAACGCUAGCCCGACCGCGCCUGCUGACUUAGGUCAACCGCGCCUGCUGUCACCGACAUCUGUGUGUAUUUUGAGCGCCGCCGCCAGAUGAUGCGCCUGGACUCCCUCCAGGGCCUGCCGCCGCCGGCCGCGGGCGGCGUUCCCGCGGACGACACCUCGGAUUCGUCCGAGGACGUCCCGCUGGCGUCCCUGGCGCCGCCCGCGCGGCCGUCCGAGGCGCCCACGCAACCCUACGAGGCGCUCACGCAGCCGCACGAGGCGCUCACGCAGCCGCACGAGGCGCCCACGCAGCCCUACGAGGCGCCCACGCAGCCCUACGAGGCGCCCACGCAGCCGUACGUGGGCCCCGACGCCGCGCCGGAUGCGGAGCCGGACGCACCCGAGGCGCCACCGGACGCGCCCGAGGCGCCGCCGGACGCGCCGGACCCGGCCGCGCCGGCGGCGCCGUUCGCCGUGGGCGCGCUCGUCGUGGCGCCGGCGCUGACGGGCGUGGGCGAGAACUUCGAGGGCGGCCUCGCCGAGGUGACGGCCGUCGACGCCGCGCGCGGCACGGUCGACGUGCGGCUCACGAUCGGCGGCGCGCGCCAGCGGGGCAUCGCCGCGUCGCGCGUCGCCGCGUUCGCGCUCGACGCGCCGCGGCGCAAGCGCCAGACGGCGGGGCGCUGCCGCCUCUUCGGCUGCGCCUGCCUCAUCGUCGACUGCGGCCACGCGCAGCCCGACGAGCUCGCGGCGGCGCCGCGCGCGCCCGCCGACGCGCGGGCCCGGCGGGACCUCGAGGCCGCGGCCCAGGCCCUCGGCCUCGACGCCGACGGCUACGACUCGUCGUCGUCCGAGGACGUGCCGCUCGCGGCGCUCGGCCGGCCGCCGCCGGCGCGCGCCGCCGACGGCCUGAGCGAGAGCGACGACGACGCGGCGGCGGCGGCGGCGGCGCUGCUGCGGGCGCGGCCGCUCCACCCGCGGAACGCGCCCCCGGCGAAGAAGCGCCGCCGGACGCGGCCGGCGCCCCCGGCCGGCGGCGACGCCGCCGGCCCCGACGGCCUCGCGCGGCCCGGGCGGCGGCUCCCGCGGAAGCGCCGCGCGCUGAAGCGGGAAAUCCGCGAGAUCCACGCCCACCUCGAGCGGACGGCGGUGCCCUACCUGCGCGGGCGCGUCGGCCGGCUCGAGCGCCGCGUCUCGGCGCAGAAGCUCGCGCGCCGGCGGACGGGCGCGCUGGACGCGGCGGAGGCCGCGGGCAUCCGCCGCGAGCUCGACGAGCUCCGGGACCUCGUCCUGGGCACCGUGCGCCGGGGCGUCGACGUCGCCGACCGCAUCUACCGCCGGCUCGAGGACGGCGCGGCGCGGCGCGGCGCCGCGUCCGAGGGCCUCGCGGCGCUCGCGCUCGCGACGGAGCGCGUCGAGCGGGACAUCCACGGCCUCGCGCGGCGGCUCAAGGGCAUCCGCGACGAGGACCCGCGCGACGACGACGGCUUCGCGGCCAUGCUCGAGCGCGAGGACGGGCCCGCGCCGGGCGGGGCGGCGCGGCGCCGCGGCGCCGAUGGCGCGGCGCGGCGGCGCCGGGCGGCGCGCGGCGCGGCGCGGCGGCCGCCGCGGCGCGCGCCGCGGCCGGAGGCGCCGGGCGAGCUCGCUCCGGCGGGCGCGGCGGCGGCGCUGCGCGAAAUUGCCGCCGUGUCGGACGAGCCGGUCGACGCGCCGUGGCCGGCGCACUCGUCGAGGCGGGCGCGCGCGGCGCUCGCGGCGCGCGAGAUCGGGCGGCUCGCGCGCGGCGUCGCCGACGCGGCGCGCGACGAGGCGGACGCGGCGGCCCGGGGCGGCGCCGCGGCGGCCGACGCCGCGGCGAAACUCGCGCGGGCGGCGGAGGACGACGACGACGCGCGAGCCGCCGCCGCGGCCGCGGUCGUCGACGCGGCGCCGGCGGCGGCGUGGGCGGCGCGGGAUCGAAGCGGCCCGGCCGCGGACGCGCUCGCCGCCGUCGCCGACGCGGGCGCGGCCCUCGGGGCCCUGCCGGCGGAGGCCCUAUGUGUAGCACUCGUCGACGGCGCCGCGCACUACUCGGUGCGGGCGCUCGUCGACGGCGACGAGGCGUCGCGCGCGGCCGCGCGGCGCUGGCGCCGCUGCGACGCCGCGCUCGCCGGCGGCGCCGUCGCGUGGCUCGCGCGGCGCGCGGCGGGCGACGAGCGCGCGUUCUGGACGUGCCUCGUCUUCGCGGCGGCGGCGCUGCAGGCGGCGCCCGACGCCGCGUGGGCCGCCGGCGACUUCGCCGGCGGGGCCCUGGACUGGGCGUGCGCGGCGGCGGCGGCGCUCGCGCGGGUCCGCGGCGGCGGGCGCGGCGCCCUGCUCCCGCUGCAGGCGCGGUGCGCGGCCGCGUGCGCCGACGACGCGCGGUGGGACCGCGCGUCCGGCGAGCUGCUGGCGCUCGCGCGGCGCGGCGCGGGCGGCGACGCGGCGCUGCGGCGGGUCCUCGAGCGGCGGGCGCCGGCCGCGGCGGCGCCGCCGGCCCGCUUCGCGGGCGCCGCCGAGGCCAUCGUGGGGGCGGCGAAGGCGGGCUCGCAGCGGACGCGGCUCGUGACGGGCCUCCUCGCCGCGUGCGACGCCGCGCGGACCGUCGGGGGACGCGACUCACGGCGCGCCGGCCGCGCAGGUUCAAGGGGGAGGCGCGCGGCCGGCCCCGCGUCGCGGCGCUCGCGGGCGCGACGUGGCGGCGGCUCGCGGCCGCGAGCCUCCUCCGCGUCGACCGCGACGGCCUCCGGGCCUGCGUCGCGGUGCUCGACGCCGCGGCGCCGCCGGGCGACGUCGCCGCGCUGGAGGUGCUGGCGCUCGUGGCGCUCGCCGGCGGGGACGAGGCGGUGGCGCGCGGCGCCUGCGCGUGGCUCGCGACGGCGCCGGGCCCGCUCGCCGCGGCAGCGCUCGCGGCGCUGGCCGAGCGCGGCUACGCCUCGACGCUGACGCCGGCCGAGCACCGCGAGGCGUGCGACGUCGCGGCGGCGGCCCUGGCGGCUCCGCCGUCAGACGCGGCGCGGCGCGCCGUCGCGGCCGCGCUCGCGCCGGCGGCGCGGCGCCUGGCGGGCGCCGCCGACGACGGCGCGCGGCGGGCCGCGGCGCGGGCGCUCGUCCGUCGUCCGGCGUCCCCGCGCUCGCGCGGAGACGCCUCACCGGUGUUGCCCCGCAGGCCGGCACCGUCGCCGUCGCGGUCGCCGCGGUCGCCGCCGGCGACGAGGCGGGCGACGUAGGGGUCCUGAUCCGGAGCGGCCUCGUCGUCCACGCCGCGCGCGACGACAACGCGGCGGCGGCGGCGGCGGCGCGCCGCGCCGCGGGCGCGCUCGCGCGCGUCGCGGGCGCGGACCCGGCCGCGCGGGCCGCCGUCGACGCGGCGGCGGCCGCCCACGCCUGGGCCGCGGCGCUGUUCCCCGGCGGCGGCGACGACGCCCUCGACGCGGCGAUGAGGGACUUCGUCGUCGAGUCAUCACGGUAGUAAUUUGUUAGUU